CAAUGUGAAAAGUUUAAGAACAACAAAGGUAACAGUUGACAUUUAAAAUUUCUUCAAUUCUCUCUGAAAUAGCACAAGUUGUAAUACGAAAGAGGCAAUAAGGAAAUUCCUUAAACUCAUUAAAUUGAAUAAGAAUAUUUAGAAUUGAAAAGUUAUUCCAGAACAGUGGAAAUUCCUUAAACAUUCAAAAUCCAAAAGCUAUUAGAAAACGCUUAAUCGAUGCCAAUCAUUCUUAUCCGAGGAAAUUUAGCCGGUUACAGUUCGAAGAGCUCACCAUUUAGAGCGGUGGUGAGUGGUUUGAAACCUGCUGACAUUGAACAAUUGAAUAGAUUUCCUUGUGGUGGUUAUUCGGAUGAAUGUUCAAUUGUUUUCUUAGCUCAUCCUUGCAUCAUUUUAUCAGCUUUAGAAGUUCUUGGUUAUAGAGUCGUUGCAUCUUCAUCAACGGCAGUGAAACAAGAUUAUAACGAGUAUAUGUGGACAAUGCGAAAAGAGUUUUCUGAACCAGAGCCUUUUGAAGAUACAACAGUAACACCCCAAAAUAAGAUUGACUUCUUCAUAAUGUCAACACCGCCAAUUGUUAACAAUCCAAUGGUUCAGGCUUCGCCACCAACGAUUAACAAUCCAAUGGUUCAGGUUUCACCACCAGCUAUUAACAAUCCAAUGGUACAAGCUGCACCACCAGCUGCAGUUGCAACGGCCCCUGCUCCAUCGAAAGUUGUUGUUCCACUUCCUAUCAUUCAACAACAAGAUGAAAUUUAUUAUUAUGUUUUCAUCAAAGCAUCGCUUUACUCAGCCGAUUCAGCUAUUUUUGGAUUGGAACAACAAGAGGUUCAAGCACUUUCAAAAAGAUUUAACAGCACAUUCAAGGAAAUUGAGAAUGGAGUGAUGAUUAAAAAGCCGGUCAGUGUCGUGGUCAAUGCCUUAGCUCAACUUGGCUACAAAGUUAUAUCGACAUGUGGAGAAGGUGAAACAUUCAGUAACCAAAUUAGUGGAAGGAGAGUGAAAAAAUAUAAGAAAGCAGUCAUGUUGAUAAGAAAUUUACCAACAAUCUUAUUUCUUCUUAUUUGGAUUGUUCCAAUGAUAGUACGAGCAGCUGCAUCACAUAAACAUGCUCAUGGAAAGGAGCGACUAGAAGAUGGUGCAUUCAGUCCAAAGGAUCAUGAUCAUUUCGAUGGAGAAGGUGAACAUCACUCUGAGUUUGAUCAUGAAGCUAUAUUAGGUAGUGUUAAAGAUGCUGAAGAGUAUGAUAAUUUACCUCCAGAAGAAUCAAAACGUCGACUGGGUUUGUUAGUACAAAAAAUGGAUUUGAAUAGCGAUGGAUUUAUUGACCGGCAUGAACUCAAAGCUUGGAUCUUGAGAAGCUUCAAGAAACUAUCAGAAGAAGAAGCUGAGGAUAGAUUUGAAGAUUUAGAUGAGGAUAAUGACGAUAAAAUAUCGUGGGGAGAAUAUGUGAAGGAUGUAUAUGGAUUGGAUUCCGACGAUGGCUUAAGCUCUAUCGAUGAUGAUGAACAAUCAAAACUGUUGGAAGAUGAUAGACAAAUGUUUAAAGCUGCUGAUCUUGACAAGGAUGGAUUUUUAUCUCUUGAUGAGCAUGUAAAGUUUCAUUCACCCGAGGAGCAUCCUGACAUGUUGCCACUUAUCCUCCAUCAAACAUUACGCGAUAAAGAUUUAAAUAAAGACGGAAGAAUCGAUUUUCAAGAGUUUAUUGGAGAUCAAGGAAAAGGUCAUGAUAAAGAGUGGUUGUUGACAGAAAAGGACAGAUUUGACACGGAUUUCGACAAAGACCAUGACGGUUAUUUGAAUCAUAAUGAAAUUCUCUCUUGGAUUGUUCCAAGUAACGAAGAAGUUGCUGUUGAUGAAGUUGAUCAUUUAUUUGCAGCCUCCGAUGAAGAUCACGAUGAUCGUUUAUCUUAUAAUGAAAUCAUAGACAAAUACGAUAUCUUCGUAGGCUCCGAAGCUACUGAUUAUGGUGAUCAUCUUCAAAAUAUUGAUGAAAUUCAUGAUGAACUUUAGAAUGGUCGAAUGGAUCCAACAUAAUAAGCACAAACUUCAUGCCAUAACACACCAAAAAAAAAAGUUGAAAUAAACUCUUUCCUCAAUCUGCUUCCAUGAACAUAAAACGUCAAAUAUUCGCUAUUAGGUAAGUGAACCACCACAACUGCUGCUUCUGAAUUUACUUACGAGAUUAAAUUUACAUAAAUUUAAAUAACUAACUUUAAAACGCAUUUUCUCAUUUAAACAAA